AUGGCCCGACAGGUUCUUCGCUCGGUGCUGCUCUUCCCGACGAUAGAGCGAAUGGCUCAGUCCCCGCAAGGAAAGCUCAUGACCCCUUUGCUGUGCAAACUGCGUUACGUUCUGUACAUGCCCGUCUACCUGCUGUCCUUCCUGCCAGAGGGAGUCAAAGCCUCCCUGGUGCGCUUUGCUCUGCGCGGAAUGAAGACCUGUGAUGAAUCUUCCAUAACAACCUCCAUAAAUCUCUUCAGCGUGGACUGCAUUGCCAACAUCUUGUAUAUGGCAAGCCAAGAAAUGAUGAAGGUUGUGGAGAGGGACAGUACAACCAUAAAGCAAAAUUUAAAGAAGCUGAUUUUUUACUAUGGAACUGGAGACAGCUGGUGUCCACAACACUACUAUGAUGAGAUCAAAAUGGAUUUUCCAGACGGAGACAUUCGACUUUGUGAGAAAGGGCUCCGUCACGCCUUUGUGCUAGAUGCCAGCAAGGAGAUGGCUGCCAUGAUUACAGACUGGUUACAGGAUGAUCUGACCAAGUUAUAA